AUGAUUUAUUACGCACCACAGGCACGUCAACGAAUUAGUGAUGAAGCAAUCGAACGUUUCCAUGUAAUAAAUAAACGUCCGACAGAUGUUGAAAAAGAUCAUCUAGCUAUAGAAUGUAAUAUAACAUUAGCACCAAAACGAAUGUGCAAUGAUUCAGUCAGAUGUAAAACAUCGAUAUUUAUUGAUUCAUUGUCUAUUUAUAUUUCUAAUAAUUAA